AGUCGCUCCAGUCAACACAACCACAACAGCUCUGGAGAAGCAGCUUCUCUGUUGACACCACCGGGGAGACGGUUUCUAUUUGUGUCAGCAGGGAUGGUUCUGAUCCUUGCUCCCCACCUCCUCAAGCAUCACCUCCUCCUCCUCCUCCUCCUCCUCCCCCUCGCGUUCUCCCCCCUCCCUGUCCUCCCUCCUCUCCCACAUCAGCCCUGACUGCUCCUCCCCAUCAACAAGGGAGGCUGAGUUUAGCGGGAGCCAUGGUGGACGUCAGUAAGUGGCCCCUGUUUUCUCUUCUGAGCUCCGAGGAGCUAGCCACGGUCCGACAGGCCUGUGUCUUUGGAAACUCUGCCAAUGAGGCCAUCUACAUCACACAUGCCAACGAGGUUUUUGUGGUUGGGUUGAACAGCAGUAGCUGCCUUGGUACAGGAGACAGUCUGAGCACCAUUGUGCCAAAGAAACUGGACUUCCUGCGGGGGAAGAAGGUCGCCAACAUGAGCUAUGGAAGUGGGCCUCAUGUCCUGUUGGCUACAGAGGAUGGGCAGCUGUUUGCCUGGGGGCACAACGGCUACAGCCAGCUGGGGAAUGGGACUACCAACCAGGGAGUGUCCCCGCUGCUGGUCACCGCCAACCCACAGAACAAGAAAGUGAAAGAGGUGGCGUGCGGCUCGCAUCACUCCAUGGCCCUCACUCAGGAUGGAGAGGUCUUUGCAUGGGGUUACAACAACUGUGGCCAGAUCGGCUCGGGCUCCACAGCCAACCAGCCCCACCCGAGGAAGGUCACCGGCUGCCUGCAGGGCAAGGCUGCGGUUGGCAUCACGUGUGGACAGACCUCCUCCAUGGCUCUGAUCGACAACGGAGAGGUUUAUGGCUGGGGCUAUAACGGAAAUGGACAGCUGGGUAUUGGAAACAAUGGAAACCAGCUGACGCCGUGCCGCCUCACUGCUCUCCAAGGGCUGUGUAUGCAACAGGUUGUAUCAGGCUACAGCCACUGCCUGGCUGUGACUGAUGAAGGGCUGCUGUACGCCUGGGGGGCCAACACCUACGGUCAACUGGGGACCGGAAACAAGAGCAACCACCUCAGCCCCGUGCAGAUCAUGGGGGACAAAGAGAGGAUUGUCGAGGUCGCAGCUUGCCAUUCAACUCACAUUUCAGCAGCCAAGACCCAAAGCGGUCAGGUGUAUAUGUGGGGUCAGUGUCGGGGUCAGUCCAUCGUCAUGCCACACCUCACACACUUCACCACCACCGACGACGUCUUCGCCUGCUUCGCCACACCCUCCGUCAUGUGGAGGCUCAUGUCUAUGGAGCAUGACGACUUCAUGACUGUCGCAGAGGCCAUGAAGAAAGAGUUUGACAGUCCGGAAACGUCCGACCUCAAGUUCAGCGUCGAAGGCAAAUGCAUUCACGUCCACAAAGCUGUGCUGAAGAUCAGGUGUGAGCAUUUCCGGUCCAUGUUCCGCUCCCAGUGGACGGAGGAUCAGCAGGAUGUGAUAGAGAUCGGACAGUUCUCUUACCCCGUCUACAGAUCCUUCCUGCAGUUCCUCUACACGGACACCGUGGACCUCCCGCCUGAGGACGCCAUCGGCCUGUUGGACCUGGCCACCUCUUACUGUGAGAACCGCCUGAAACGACUGUGUCAGCAGAUCAUCAAGAGAGGGAUCACGGUCGAGAACGCCUUCACCUUGCUGUCUGCCGCCAUACGAUACGACGCCGAGGACCUGGAAGUGUUCUGCUUUCGGUUUUGCGUAAACCAUCUCACUCAGGUGACUCAGACUGGAGCCUUCUGGCAGGUGGACGGAGCGAUGCUCAAAGAGUUUGUCAGCAAAGCAGGCCGCUGCGGGGCCUUCAAGAACUGAGCGCUACUCU